CUCAAAGCUUAUAGAAUUAAAAAAAAGAAUAUUGUUCUUAUUUCUUCAUAUUGCAAGUGAACCAGCGACUGUUUCUUCAAUGUUUUUGCCAAAAUCUUUCUGCAGUAGCUUAGAAUUUCAUUGUUUUCAGCUGCCUGAAAGCUGAAUAUUUCGGACCAUUUGAGAGAUGGCUGUUGCUGCUUAUGCAUCAUUGGUUUCUCUUACUCAUGUACUUGAUAAUGUUCAUUACCGUGCAAAUCAUAGUCGCCUUCAUGUGGAUCUAAAACAGAUUAAAUCCAUCCAGAAAGGUGUCAACUUCUUGUUGGAUUUCCUUGAAGUUCACUAUGGAAGAAAAGACCAGAAGAUAGAAGUUUUGUGGAGGCAAAUAGCUGAAACUGGUUUUGAGUUGGAAGAAGUUUUCGACUUAUAUGUCACAGGUCAACUUCAGGUGCCAUUUUCUGAAGAAAGUAGUGACAUGGGAAGCAAAGCUUUCCACGACGAUCUAGAGAGGUUGGCUCAGAAGAUUAAAGACAUCGAGAGAGAACUAUCAAUUGUUGAAAAGGUAGUAGAGGACGCCCAACUCGGUAAACAAACCAGAUCUUCUGUUGUUGAUGGUGUAUCUUCAACUCCAGCUUCUUCACGUGUCAAGAAUAAAUUAGUUGGAUUAGAUGAACAUGUCGGUAGGAUAAUGAAUGCACUGACUAAAGAUGAAGCCAAUCUCAAAAUACUACCUAUUGUGGGGAUGGGUGGUAUUGGUAAGACUACUCUAGCUAAAAAAGUGUUUGAUGAUAAAUGUAUGGUUGAACACUUCGAUGUUCGCCUUUGGCUUUCAAUAUCUCAGGACUAUUGCGUUGACGACAUCCUUCAUGGCCUUAUCAAUGAAGGCAAAGUUGAAAAAAGUAAUGCACAAUUAGAUGGGCCUGGAGAAGCAUUACAUAAAAAGUUAUUUGGGAGAAGAUAUUUGAUUGUAAUGGAUGACAUGUGGACUACAGGAGCUUGGGAUGAUUUAAGGAGGUUUUUUCCAAAUAAUGGGAAUAAAAGUCGGAUCUUGAUGACCACGAGGUUAUCAAAUGUGGCUACUUGUUUGUGCUCUCGUGAACCUUAUGUGAUGACAUUUCUAGACGAUAAUAGUAGUUGGAAUUUAUUUUGUCAAACCGUUUUUCAAGAAGAUGAUUGUCCAUUUCCGGAAUUGGAGCAAGUUGGAAGGAAGAUUGUGAGAAGUUGCAAAGGACUUCCUUUGGAGAUUACUGUUAUUGGAGGACUACUUGCAAAUUCCGACAUGAGGAAAGAGUCUUGGGAGCCUAUUGCGGCAAAUGUGAGUUCAUUUGGUAAUGCAAGUGAGAGCGAGCAUUGUUCAAAGAUAUUACUUUUGAGCUAUAAUAAUUUGCCUUUGUAUCUUAAGCCAUGCUUCCUCUAUAUGAGAGUUUUCCGUGAAGAUGCUGAAAUUAAUGUCUACAAGUUAGUGAGAUUGUGGGUUGACGAAGGUUUCAUUAAAGCAAGAGAAACAGAAAGCUUGGAAGAGGUUGCCAAAGGGUACUUGGAAGAUCUUGUUGAUAGAAAUCUAAUCAUUGCUCGUGAAAAGGAUUUUUUGAGGGAGAGAAUACUAAGUUGUGGCAUCCACGACCUUUUGCGAGACCUAUGCUUGACAGAAUCUUACAAAGAGCAUUUUAUGUGCUCUCCAAGAGUACAAGUAGUAGUGAAGGGGGGAAGUGUGUGUUUUCUAUGUGGAAGUUGUGUCAAAGGCAAAGAAACCAUAAAUAUUCCGAUACCUGCAUCACUUUUUCCUCCAGGUUCUCAAGGGAAUCUUCUUUUUUGUGGUGUCUGUGCUGUGAUUUAUUCGCAUAUUAAGGGACUAAGAAUGGUCAUGGUCCUGUAUUCAUUUCUGCAACACACUAAAUUACGCAGUGUGAAUGUUGAAGUGUAUAGGCUUCCGAAAUUUGUGUCUCCUCCAAAUGUACAUUGGCUAUGGAACCUUCAAACGUUGUCAUUUUGGCACUUAAGUGAUUCAAGUGUCGUAUAUUUACCAUCUGAAAUCUGGGAUAUGCCGCAACUUAGAGUUAUUGAAGCCAAACGUGUGGUGUUUCCUAAUCCUCCAACUUCUCAUGUUGAAGAGAAGGAUAUCUUUGUCCUGAAAAGCCUGCAUACCCUUACUACUGUUUUGAAUUUUGAGCUUACAGAUGCAAUUCUUGGUGGUAUCCCUAACAUGAGGGAAUUAGGAAUAAGGUAUAAUGAGGUUAUGAAAGGGUCGAAUGCUUGUCUUGGUAAUCUUGUCGGAUUGCAGAAACUCGAAUCACUAUAUGUCAAAGGUGCUGUGCAAUUGCAAAACAUUGCAUUUCCAAAUUCACUAAAAAUGCUGAUUCUGAGGAGGUGCAGUAGAUUUCAAUGGAAAUCUCUGUCUACUAUUGGAUCAUUACCCAAUCUUGAAAAUCUUAUGUUGUGGGAUACUACAGAAGGGCCCGAAUGGGAUCCCACGGAAGGGGAGUUUCUUCGAUUAAAAGUAUUGAUCAUAGUGGAUUGUGAUCUAGUGCAAUGGAGAGCUGAUCAAAGCCACUACCCUAAACUCGAGUAUCUUGAACUUAAGAACUUAAGUUCAUUGGAGGAAAUUCCUUGUAAUAUUGGAGAUAUACCAACGUUGCAUACAAUUCAUCUGAAAGAGUGUUGCAAGUCUGUUAUGGAUUCGGCAUACAAACUAUGGGAGGAACAAGAAAGCUUGGGAAAUGAUAGCUUAAAGGUUCUGGUUCAGGAGGGUGUAGUAGAUUACUCAAUCUAUGAAUUCAUGGCACUACCCCUCAAAGACGAUGGCAGUAGCACUUAAUUAAGGUAUGUUCGAGGAACAAAUUAAUAUCUAAUUUUGUUGUAGUCAUGCAUAUGAUGUUUAUCAUUUACAUUACAAUCAUGGUAUGGUGCUGAAUUCAGCUACACCAUAAUUUUAUCAUGACUAUUAGAUAGAAAUAUAGAUGAACUAAUCAGAUUUAAGAAAUGGGUAAAAACAUCAACUUGUAAUAAGUUUAAUUUAGUCAAGGAAGAGUAUUAAGGAAGUGUAUCUAUACAUACAAACCAAAUAUUUCUUUCACAAAAUAAUUAUUU